AUGUGUCGUCAGCCUGAGCCACCCAAUUUUGGUCCAACCACCAAAAAAGGAUGGAUACCAGCACAAAAUCAACGAGUUGUGGCUUUCAACGAACAUCCGCAACAAAUCAUCAUUCCGGUAUUUCCUCGCAAUGAUCAGCCUGCUCAGCGACAGCCUCUCAACAUGGUUCCUUUUUUUCUUUCUCUGAUUUUUUCUGCGUUUUCGAUUUAAAUAAUGCUACGAUCAUUUUAAAAAAACUUCUAGAAAUACAGGCAAAAAAGGGUUUUUUUUCGUAGCGCUAGUUCAUAAAGGGGAGAUUCCUCACCCUUUUAAAAGUUAUUAUUGGCCUUGCGAAACUGUAAAGUCAGACAUAUUUUUUUCAGUUUGAGGCCGCCAACAUUCCUGCUGAAAUAUUGCGCCCUCAGAACCAGAACCAGAACAGGAACCAGAACCAGAACCAGAACCAGAUUCCGAAUCCGAACCAGAACCAUAAUCAGAAUCAAACCUAA